AUGACGACCAUGGUUAGUCUACACACACAGGAUCUCCGUGUUGGAAACAAGUAUCGUAUUGGUCGAAAGAUCGGAAGUGGCAGUUUCGGUGAUAUCUACCUUGGAACAAACAUCAUCUCUGGCGAGGAAAUUGCCAUCAAGCUUGAGUCCGUCAAGGCCAAGCACCCACAGCUCGAAUAUGAAGCCCGUGUCUACAAGUCUCUUGCCGGUGGAGUUGGCAUCCCUUUCGUUCGCUGGUUCGGAACCGAGUGUGACUACAAUGCCAUGGUCAUCGACCUCCUUGGACCUAGUUUGGAGGAUCUAUUCAACUUCUGCAACCGCAAGUUCUCUCUGAAGACCGUUCUCCUGCUGGCUGACCAGCUCAUCUCCCGUAUCGAGUACAUCCACGCAAAGUCGUUCAUCCACCGUGAUAUCAAGCCUGACAACUUCCUUAUGGGCAUUGGAAAGCGUGGCAACCAGGUCAAUGUUAUCGAUUUCGGUCUGGCCAAGAAGUACCGUGACCCCAAGACUCACUUCCACAUCCCAUACCGUGAGAACAAGAACUUGACUGGCACUGCCCGUUAUGCCAGUAUCAACACCCACUUGGGUGUGGAACAAUCCCGUCGUGAUGACAUGGAAUCCCUUGGAUACGUCAUGCUCUACUUCUGCCGUGGCUCCCUCCCCUGGCAGGGACUCAAGGCCGCCACCAAGAAGCAAAAGUACGACCGUAUCAUGGAGAAGAAGAUGACCACCCCCACUGAGGUUCUCUGCCGUGGAUUCCCCAACGAGUUUGCCGUUUACCUGAACUAUACCCGCUCGCUCCGCUUCGAUGACAAGCCAGACUACUCCUACCUCCGCAAGAUCUUCCGUGACCUCUUUGUCCGUGAGUCGUUCCAGUACGACUACGUCUUUGACUGGACCGUCUACAAGUACCAGAAGAAUGCCCAAGCCAUUGCCCAGGCCACUGGAAACGCCGGUAACGGCCAGGACGAGGACGAACGCCCACGCCGUAUUGCCAACGCUAAUGUUGCUUCUGGAAACCCGGCCAUCCAAAACAAGCCCACCGCCAUGGCCCCUCGCCGCAAGGUGAUGGAGCGUGGAGCUUACGAAAACCCAGAUGCGAACCGUGCAAUUGGCGGCAGCGACAGGAUGCUUCGUUCCGCUUCUAAAGGUGGUGCUAAUCUUAUGGGUAUCGGUGGUUACCAUUCGUCCCCUUACCACCGUUCAUCGAAGCGGGAUGAUGGUAACAAUGGUGCUCAGUGGUAA